AUGUUUACGGAGAAGGCGAAUCGAAGAAAAAUCAGUGAUAUACGCUAUCGUCUAAGCUUCAUCGAGCUGAGUGGUAAAAAUGUAAUCGAUCUCCUCACGCAAAAACGGAGAACCGUUAACGUCAACGAGCGUAGUGUCUUUAAAAAUAUAACUACAGUGAAUGUAGAGAGUGAGGAGGAGAUUUUGAAAAAAAUACUCGAAGGAGAAGCCAGGAGAUCGAUUAUGAAAGGUGUAGUGUAUCCGGUAUCACAUUUGGGAGCUGCUGUAAUCACUAUCCACGUUUCAAACGCGAGCCUGAUAAAAUCGCGAGCUACCGUAGCGACAGCAAAAAUACACAUCGUUGAGAUGGCUGGAACUGGUACGGUGGGAAAAUCGAGCUGCUCGAAAACAGCAGCCGACUUGGGUAUGGCGAAUUUAAUGAAAAUACAGCUGGAACAAUAUUUCCUAUGUCUUAGAAAACCAAGCAUGUACACACCUAGCGUUGUUCGCUCGAGUAAUUUGCUGAAACUGCUGAGAGACGCUCUGACUGUUACAUCCGUAAUUCGUUUUGUAUCUCACGUGCGCAUUGCAAGGGAAGAUCUCGACGUUACUUUGUCGACCAUGCGACUGACCGCUAAAAUCGCAAAAUUGAAACCGAUCAGGACGAUUCGGCACAUCCAGCCUCGGACAGAACUAAUCGUGCAGCAGCUACGAGAGCAAGUUAACGCACUGAAGAAGGAGCUGGAGCUGAACGAUAUGUUUUUACAUCAGGAGGCACUGGCGAAUAUCUCGAAAUCCAGACUCGAGCAGAUCAGUCGAGACGUCAUGAACUUUUUGCAGGGUUUCAUUUCGGAAUCGACACUCUUCAAUGUUACCCAGGCGCGAAUAUUGGUGAACGUCGUGAAACAAUUAUACGACAAAUUGCUCGCGAAAGAAACUGAAGCGGAUAAGUUGAAAGAAGCUUAUAACAAUGUGAUAACUAUGUUGUCGCAAUCAGAUGCUGCUUUGACCUCAUCGCCGUUGAUUUAA